CUGCAAUUAAAAGUUUAUUUUUGUGCUCAAUAAUUCAGGAAUUGUAUUCGAUUCCCUUUUCUCUCUCGUAUUGAUCAUCUUCUUAUAAGUUUAAUGGAGUUUUAGGGUUUCUUGUUGCACUGGCUGUGCUCAAAUUGAGUGUUCUUAGCACUUGUUGUUUCUCGGGUAUCUUUUGUUUUACAUUUCUUAGCGACCCUAGGGUUGAGCAAUUCCUUGACAUUUCUCAGUUUCAGUGUCUGAUUGGGGAAAUUCCUAGGUUUUACUCUUGUUUAUUCUAGGGUUCUGAACCAGAAGUCUGCAAUAAUGCAGUCUCUUUCAUGGAAAACAGUUGCAGUCGACUAUGGACGCUUACACAAGUUCAAAAUGCAGAAGGAAGCAAGAGGGUUUCACUUGAAGCAUUUUGAUCGAAGCAGACUGGAUGUUAGAGGUUCAGCUGCUUUGUCUUCUCAGAGUUUACAAUCUGUUCAAACACAGAGCCAACAAUCUUUGGACACAGUUCGUGUUGGUGUUCUAGGAGCUAGUGGUUAUACUGGUUCAGAGAUAGUGAGACUUCUGGCAAACCAUCCUUACUUUGAUAUCACCCUGAUGACUGCUGAUAGAAAAGCUGGUCUCUCUCUAGCAACUGUAUUUCCUCACUUAAUCACACAAGAUUUACCAAGUUUGAUUGCUGUUAAAGAUGCUGAUUUCUCUGAUGUGGAUGCUGUAUUCUGCUGUUUACCUCAUGGAACUACCCAGGAGAUCAUCAAAGCACUUCCAAGGGGCCUGAAGGUUGUUGAUCUCUCUGCGGACUUCAGGCUUCGUAGUGUAGAUGAAUAUGAGGAAUGGUAUGGUCAACCUCACAGGGCAACUGAAUUGCAGAAAGAAGCUGUAUAUGGGUUGACGGAGAUUUUGAGGGAUGAAAUCCGAAAUGCGCGAUUAGUUGCUAAUCCUGGUUGUUAUCCAACAUCUGUUCAACUCCCUCUCGUUCCCUUACUCAAGGCAAAGCUAAUAGAAACAAGAAAUAUCAUCAUUGAUUCAAAGUCUGGUGUGAGUGGUGCAGGACGUGGAGCCAAAGAAGCUAAUCUAUACACAGAAAUUGCAGAAGGAAUACAUUCUUAUGGAAUCACUAGGCAUCGGCAUGUUCCAGAAAUUGAGCAAGGCCUUUCUGAUGCUUCAAAUUCAAAAGUAACAAUCAGCUUCACUCCUCAUCUAAUGCCAAUGAGCCGAGGAAUGCAGUCUACUGUGUAUGUGGAAAUGGCUUCUGGUGUUACAGUUGAAGAUCUCCAUCAGCAGUUGAGCAUAACUUAUAAGGAUGAAGAGUUUGUUGUUUUGUUGGAGAGAGGAGCUGUGCCUCACACUCGAAAUGUCCGGGGAUCAAAUUACUGCUUUAUGAAUGUCUUUGACGAUCGAAUACCUGGAAGAGCAAUCAUAAUUUCUGUUAUUGAUAACCUUGUAAAGGGGGCUUCUGGUCAAGCACUACAGAACCUGAAUGUAAUGGUGGGAUUACCUGAAAACACUGGGCUUCUUCAGCAGCCGCUCUUUCCUUGAUAUUAUUGCUUUUGUUAGACCAUCGCAAUAAGGCAACGCCAUGGCAACGAUGUCCCUCUCCUCCCCAUCGUUUGCCGGCAAGGCGGUGUUUGUGAGCACGCAAUCCUAAUUCGGAAUUGGUGUCCAUGGUGAUGGAAGAGUGAGCAUGAGGAAGAUUGCUAGCAAGGCCCCAACAUCUGGAAGCCCGUUGUAUGGCCCCGACAAAGUUAGGUACCUUGGCCCGUUCUUUGGGGAGCUUCCAUCCUACCUCACCGGGGAGUCCCCGGUGACAACAGGUGGGACACUGCUGGCCUCUUUGCCGACCACGAGACCUUCACCAAGAACAGAGAGCUCGAGGUCAUCCACUGCAGGUGGGCCAUGCUCGAAGCUAUGGGAUGCAUGUAUUGGAUUUGGUGAUAUCCAAAAUCACCUAUAAGGAAAUCCUAUAUUAUGUGAGAUUGAGAUAUUCCUAUAUUAUGCGUGAUUGAGAUAUUUUCUUAUUAUAUGAGAUUGAUAUUGAUAUUUGAUAAGUUUCUUAAAGGAAAUGGAAAUGCAAAAAGAUUAAGUCU